AUGGCUGCACAGACGACUGGGCCAGAGCUGCCACCUAACGCAUCACAACUUCUAGAUGACAAUGCGAAGGACACAGCCGAAUCACGAAAGUCUUCGUCUCAGGCUCAAAGCUCAUCCAGAACUCCAGAGGGGAAAGAUGAAGAUGAAGGCAAAGGAGGAGGCAUCGGGGUCUACUUCCGAAUAUUUCGGUAUGGCGAUCGUCUUGACUACCUCCUAUAUGCCAUCGGCAUUCUUGGCGCUAUCGCGGUUGGUGCUGCUCUGCCUUUAAUGACGUUGGUCUUCGGUUCGUCGGCCAGCUCUUUCAACGAUUACGCUGUCGAUCAAGGAAACUCGAACCAAUUUCAAAGUGACAUCAACCGCCAGGUCCUUUAUUUCGUGUAUUUGUUCAUCGGCCGUUUCGUGAUUGGAUACGUUGCAACCCUUUGCAUCUGCAUCGCCGCUGCAAGAACUACCAACUCAUUGAGGAAAAAGUUCCUUGAAAGUCUGUUGAGGAAAGAGAUCUCGCAUUUCGACUUGCAGGGCAAUGGAUCUGCUGCUACUCAGGUCACCACGAAUGGGCAUCGGAUCAACCAAGGCAUAGCUGAGAAGCUGUUUUCUCUUGCCAUGGGUAUUUCGUUGUUCUUCUCAUCUUACAUCGUUGCACUGGCCGUGCAAUGGAAACUUGCUCUCAUCACAAUGAGUAUAGUACCUGCAAUCGUUUUGAUCGUCGGAGGAUGCAUCAGUCUGGAUGCACCUAUCGAGGCUCGGAUCACACGUAUAUAUUCCAGGGCAGCAACACUGGCGCAAGAUGCCAUCAGCUCUGUCAAGACUAUUCACGCCUUUGGAGCACAGUCAAAAAUUGUCGAAUGGUAUGAUGAGUAUCUGCAAACAGCACACAAUGAGGGCAAAAAGAAGUCGCUAAUCUACGGCGUUUUGUUCUGCGGGCAGACAUUUCUAGUCAUGUCAGGCACCUCGCUCGCGUUCUGGCAAGGCUUUCGGAUGUUCCGCAGCGGCGAGAUUGGUGAUGUCGGCACAGUACUUACUGUCAUCCUGAGCGUCACACUCGGUGCGACCUCUGUACUGCUCAUUAUGCCACAGAUACAGGCCAUCACGAAUGCUUCAUCGGCCGCUGCAGAGCUUUUUGCAAUCAUCGAUAAGCCAUCUCUACUCGAUCCUCUCUCUCCCGAAGGUAUAAUGCCUGAUGAUUGUGUCGGAGACAUCGAGAUUCGCAACUUGUCUUUCUCAUAUCCUUCGCGACCCACGGCGCCUGUACUGCAAGAUCUUAGCCUGCGUAUACCUGCUGGAAGGACUACCGCCUUAGUCGGACCCAGUGGAUGUGGCAAGUCAACGUUGAUUGGCCUACUAGAAAGAUGGUAUCAGCCAACAUCAGGACAAAUCCUGCUAGAUGGCCAUGACAUCAGUACCUUCAACACGAACUGGCUGCGCAACAACAUCAGACUAGUCCAGCAGGAACCCACCCUCUUCCAGGGCACGGUAACUUCGAACGUUGCGAAAGGCCUGGUCGGGGAUCAACUAGGCUUGAGCGAAGAACAGCAGACUCAACUCAUUCAGCGAGCUUGUGUGGCUGCCGAUGCCCAUGACUUCAUCCAAAGGUUCCCCGAAGGCUACAACACACAGCUUGGAGAACGAGCCAGCAUGCUCAGUGGCGGACAACGCCAGCGAAUCUCUAUCGCUAGAAGCAUUGUAGCCGAUCCCAGAAUUUUGUUAUUCGAUGAGGCCACAAGUGCGCUUGAUCCUCGUGCAGAAAGAGUGGUUCAGGCUGCGCUCAACAGAGUCUCGAUCAACAAGACGACAUUGAUCAUCGCACACAAGCUCGCUACAGUCAUGGCAGCUGACAAUAUCGCGGUCAUGAUCAGUGGAAGAGUAGUCGAGCAAGGUACUCAUAGCGAGCUCCUUGAACGCGAUGGUCUCUACGCAGCCAUGGUACGCGCGCAGGACUUAGGAUUUGCCGUUGCCGAAAAAGAGCCUGAAACAACAUUCAGCGGGUCAGAAGAGCCUAUGAAAGCUGAGAAGGCGGACAUCGAGAUCGACGCAGCAUCAACGAAGGAAAAUGAAAUCGGAUCGGACGUGCCAGGAUCCACCGCAGAUAAGCUUGUUGCCGGCACGCUCAACUUCUCCCUCAUCAAAUGUAUCCUCAUCAUGCUAAGAGAGCAUUCCGACCUGUAUCCAUGGUAUUUGCUCAUAAUGUUGGUUUACUUGACCGUCGGAGGCACACAACCGGCUCAAGCCAUCAUCUUCUCCCGUCUGAUCCGAGUCUUUACACUUGAAGGCUCGGAAGCCAAACGACAGGCUGAUUUCUAUGCCCUUAUGUUUUUUGUUCUGGCUAUUGUCAACCUCUUCGGCUAUUUCUUGAUAGGUGUAGCAUACAAUACGCUUGGUCAGACUCUCACUCAUCGCUAUCGUCGUGAGAUGAUCGAGCGUAUCGUUCAUUUCGACCAAGACUUCUUUGACAGGCCUGAAAACUCUUCUGGCGCCCUGACUGCCAAGCUAUCUUCCGUCCCUUCAUCGGUACAAGAGCUAAUGUCAGCCAACCUCGGUCUCAUGCUCAAUGUAGUGGUCAAUAUCAUAGCUACUAGUGUAGUAGCCAUUGCUUUCGGGUGGAAGCUUGGUCUAACGCUAGUGUUUGGUGGACUUACAGUCAUCGUUGCUGGUGGAUAUAUUCGUAUCAGACUGGAUCAGAAGCUAGAAGCUUCAACCGAGGAGCAAUUCGCGAGUAGCGCUGGACUGGCGUCUGAGGCAGUUUCGUCUAUCCGGACCGUCAGCUUCUUAGCACUCGAGCGCUCGGUCAUGCGCGAAUACAGCGAGACGCUGGAUGCCAUCGUCAGCAAGGUUAUCCGGAGUCUGAUGAUGACCUUGAUUCCUUACGCGUUCUCUCAAUCAGCAGACUUCUUGGUGAUGGCGCUCGGGUUCUGGUACGGCUCGCGACUCAUAGCACAAGGCGAAUACUCGACAACCCAAUUCUUUGUAGUCUUCCUUUGCGUCAUCUUUGGUGGCCAAGGAGCUGCACAAUUCUUCGGAUAUACGACUUCGAUCACCAAAGCGAGAGGUGGCGUCAAUUACGUACUCUGGCUUCGAACCAUUAGACCCACCAUAUGUGAGACAGAAGAGAAUGACGGCAACGGACCUCGCGCGGAGAAAGAUGACGUGAGCUUAGAGCUUGAUCAUGUCGACUUCCAAUACAAGCAACGCGGUACGGCGAAAGUCUUGCGCGACAUCUCGAUGAAGAUACCUGCGGGAACAUACGCUGCUUUUGUCGGACCCUCAGGCUGCGGUAAAAGUACUAUCAUCGCUCUUCUCGAGCGCUUCUACGACCCCUCUACUGGUCGCAUCACCCUUAAUGGCGAUGAUAUCUCGUUGAUGUCGCCACAUAUGUACAGAAGCUGUAUGUCACUGGUUCAGCAAGAACCACCACUUUACCUGGGCUCUGUACGUCAAAACAUCACUAUUGGGCUGGACUACGAGCCUUCUGAUGCAGAAGUACUGGAAGCUUGCCGUCAAGCAAACGCCAUAGACUUCGUCACCUCGUUGCCAGAAGGUCUUGCAACACCUUGUGGCUCGCGCGGUUUACAAUUCAGUGGCGGCCAACGCCAACGUAUCGCGGUAGCUCGAGCGCUUAUACGCAAACCAUCUCUAUUGCUUCUCGAUGAAGCGACAUCAGCACUGGAUACACAGAGCGAGAGGGUGGUACAGAAAGCACUCGAUGAAGCUGCUGCUGGAAGGACGACCAUAGCAGUUGCGCACCGUCUGAGUACGAUCAAACAUGCUGAUGUCAUCUUUGUGAUCGAAGAUGGCAAAAUCGCAGAGAUGGGUACACACGAAGAGUUGCAAAGAUUGAGGGGCAAGUAUCAUGCUAUGUGUUUGGCGCAAACUCUUGAUCAAUCCUGA